AUGGCCGACAACGUUGUGCAACCUUCCGCGGCUCUCAAGACUAUGGAGAGGGAGUACAAGAGCAAAGCUGUCGAAAUGACAGCUCUUUUUGAGAACCUCUUGAAGCUCCUCUCCGAGAAAGAAGUCGAGUGUGAAGAUCUCAAGUACGAUUUGCAAGACCAGACCGAGUCGAGACGCCAUUGGCACAAGAGAGCAGCGGACGCUGAAGGUCGCAUCGCAAGCGUUCAGCACGUCCUCGUCCUCGUUGAUGGAAACCAGACAUUUUUCAAGCCGGGUCUCAUUCUUGCUGGCCCACGAGGCGUAAGAGGAGCAGUUGAGACACUGAUUGCGGAGGCCAAAACGUGCGCUCGAGCGCAACACAAGAAUGACCUGUCCGACAACCUUUCAGCAAUAGUGCACAUCUUUGUCGAUGUUGGAAGACUCGCGCAUGACCUCUCAACUGCCAAUUUGUUGCCGGAACCAGACCAGCUGUGGACUUUCAUCCAAGAUGCAAGCAAACUUGAGCCAGGCAUUACGAUUUCAGACUGUGGCUCAGGUCAAGGCGCUGUUGAUGCAAAGAUGAAGCAUUUCUACGAGCUGUAUCUGGAAAAUUGUCACUGCCGCCAUCUUUUCCUUGCACUCGGACGCGAAGCCGACUACUAUAACGUCCUGUCCACUUACGCUGACGACGAGUUCACGAGGUUGAAGACUUCUUUGAUCAAACCGUCUCUAGGAUUGCCCGAUAAAUACAUCCUUCCCUUUGAUACGGUCGACUUCUCUUGCUUGGAAAGUGUACGCCGACAGACAAUCUCCUUCAAUGACACUGUGCCGAAGGUCAAUGGAAUGCCAGCAGCCGUCUCACGUUCUGCAUUUGCCCAAGUUCCCUCUGUGUCUCCCUUCGAUGGAAAUGCUCGGGCUGCUCCUCGAGCUUCCCUGACCGCCACAGUCCCUGAGUCCAUCGCAACGCCUCCAGCUGGUCCUCGAGGUCCCGUGGCCCGAGUUGAUGUUUAUGGUGCAACCCCGCGUGUGAACGGCACACCUCCAGCCACAUCUGGUCGACCGGCGUCUCCCUACGCACAAUCACCAGCGCCAGGCUCAUCUAGUUCACCAAUCGGACAAGCAGCUCCAUCAACUUUCGACCCUGGUCCGCCCAGUACGAUGGUCCAGGCUCCAGAAGAAGCUCUAACUACUCGUCAUGCUUCUCCUGCUUUCGUCGCACAGACUUCUUCUGCGCCGGCUACGGUGCAAACCCAGGCACCAGUUUCAGAAGAUGCUAUCAAAGAGUACGGCGAUGCCAAUGGCAACGUUGAUAAAGUGGAAGACGUGAGUUCUGCCGCAGUUGUCAAGCUUAAUACCUCUUCACAUUCUUCAAGCCAAUCCAAAAAGUCAGCGGAGCAAAGCUGGGAGAGUGCUACAGUCAAUGAUUAUGCCCCUGCACCCAACCCGGUUCCAUGGACAAUGGAGGAGCCCAUGGCUCAACCAGCGUCGCACGAGUUUAACGAGCCACAGACAUACUCGAGGAAGAACAACAACAACUUCCCUCGGCGACAGCCGAGAGAAGGGGCUGGCGGCGGCGGGGGCGGUGGCAGUGGCGGUGGCGGUGGCGGAAGGCAAGACCGUUUCAAUGGAGGUCAGCAGUCCGGUAGACGUCUACCGAGACAGUUCAAAGGGUCAUAUGAUGAUAUGAUGUCUACGCAAGGUUCGUCAGCAUCACCGAGACCAGCAACUACGUCGAUGUCAUCAUUGGCUAUGUCCAAGUCGACUGACUUUGCCAACUCUUUUACACGACAGGACGUGACAAAGCCUGAGCCAAACCCUCAGGCACGCCCCGUGUUAGCCCCCGUUGCGCUGAACACACUGAACCAGCGAAUUGAUCUCAAACUGCCCAGACCAGCUCCAGCCGACGAGGAAGCUUUCAAACUACGAACGAAUAACCGACACUUGUGCAAUGAACACCAUAUGCGGGGACAAUGCAGCAAUAUCAAUUGCACCUACGACCACGAGGAAAUAUCGGACGGUGUGUAUUUGGCAUUGAGGAACACGGCUCGCCUCAGCCCCUGCAACCAGGGAUCCCGUUGUCGUCAACACGAUUGCUACUUGGGGCACCACUGUCCGAACGUCUCGAGAAUUUCGGCUUGUGGGAGACCCAAUUGUCCUUUCAAAGCCAGGAAUUUGCAUGACAUUUUCGAUUUGACGAUCGUUGAAAUGAUUGAGCCGUCGAAGAAGGAAGAGCUACCAGUCGAAGACUUGAUUUGA